UUAUAAACAUUGGAUUUCCAUGAGAGACACAGCACGUACAGCGAGCGCGCGGCACGUUGCUGAACACGGGACUACACUGAGCUACAGACAAUAGCUGAAGCUCUGACCCCUGGGAACAGACGCGCCGUGUUUUCACCUUCUUUCCUGACUCGAGAAAAUGAGUCUGGAAUGUGAGAUGGCCGAGCGUUCACCACCAGCAGCAGCGCCAUAACGAGCGGAGUGCUGCUCCAGUUCCUGUUCCAGCCCACAGCCGCCGCCGCGCUGCUAGACCGCUGGACAAGUUAAGUUACUGAACAGGGAGAAGAAGUUCAGCCAGCGCUUCAGUUAAGCUACAACCUGUAGAACCACUACAUUAAACCAGCCGUGCAGGAGACUCCUUAUCAUGGAUCACGGAAAUUGUCGUUUAAAUGGCGGAGGUGGAGGCGGCGAGAGCCAGGCUGGGGGGAGCCGGGGGUCUGAGAGCUCCAGCUACGGCAUGAUCACCCUGGAGGACCUGGAGUCCUUCUCCGAGGAUCAGCUCUCAGACUCCGGCAACGGCAGCCUGGAGGAGGAGGGAGAGAUGAUGGAGGAUGAAGAUCAGAAUGAUCAGCUUCUAAACUACUGGCAGACUGUCGGGAGAGGACAUCGAGUGGACGUGCCGAGAGACAUGGCAGAACCCAUUCAGCAGAUAACAUCCAAUAAUAAUGGCUCGCACCCCCGAGAGACUGUUCCUUACACAUUCAUCUCAUGCAAGGAGAAGUGUGGAAUUGUGCUUUAUGAGAAGCGGCACUAUGAGAAAGCAAACUGGGCCUGCAUCACAGUCAAAGAGGACACAUACGAACAGAGCAUCUGCUACGGCUUCAUGAGAAUCAUGAGAUACAUCUGCCAGCAAAACUCAUUAGGCAGGUACUUGGGAAUGACUAUACCCAUUGUAACAGUGGUUCAUACAGAUGAGACGCAUGCAACCCUGUCCCAAACAGUCACGAUAGCAUACUACCUACCUGCAGACCACCAAGCUCAGCCACCUCAGCCUCAUGACACAGAGAUAGUCAUUGAGCAGUGGCCUGCCACCAUAGUCUACACAAGGCCGUUCACUGGUGCCACAAACGAGACUACUAUCAUCAGUGAGAUUAAUGCUUUGGCAGAGGUGCUGGAUUCUCCAGGAAUCUGUGACAGUGACUCCUUCAUUGUGGCUGGCUACACUAACCCUGCAGCUGCCAACCGUCAGAAUGAGAUCUGGUUUCUUGAAAGGCCGUGAAAACCACCCUGUGUCCCCCACCGGCAAAGCACCCGUCCCUGCACCUUGUCCUUCCUCCCCAUUUCGGCUCAAGACACCAAACAAAUGAAGUCUGAAGCAAAUACUGUUCCAGUUCUUGAGGGUCCAUGGGCACAGCUUUGCAGCAGAAUACCACUAUUAACUUUCUUCAGAAAAGUUUGUGAAAAAAAUAAAUAAAUAAAUGUCUCUCUAGUUUGUGAACUCUGCUGCUGUUCCCCCACGAAAGCUACAAAUGUACCUUUAAUAGUGAUGCUGUAGGAACAGCAUAGUCACACAAGGCAAAGAUUCCCACACAAACAAAUAUAUGGAAUGUAUCAGUAAAACAGAAAAAAGAAUAUUAACAAGAAAGACAAACCAAAAAUGAAUCAUUCUGCUGUCUGACAAUCAAGCAUGCUAUGUGUAUUUUUGUCUGAUCACAAGUGAACAUUUUUACUGUAAAAGCCAUGCUCAUUCUAGACUAGAUUCAUAUAUACCUCCAAAUACCUCCAGGUUGUUUCUUUCAUUGCUUUAGAUUAAUUGUACAACAGUAAAAUUUCCAUUUUGCCAGUUUGUUUUAUGCUCACAGUCACCAUUUUUUUGUAAUGAUCACUGAAACACACACAAAAAAUCCAAACUUGUGUCUGUCUGUACUGUGUAGCUGCUUUCCUUUUUCAGGCUUUGAUGGCCCAAUCACUCCACUGUCAUAUUUUCAUAAAGUAUUAUAACUAUCUAAACAAA